UUCCUACAUUAUUAACCAAUCAAAAAACUUCUAUUUAUUUUUUAUCAACAAAUUUAAUUUAUCAAAAAUUUAUAAAUUUCAAAACUUGGUUAUCUCAAAUAAUAUUUAAAUGAUAGUAUCUCGCGAUAUUGCGGGAGGUCAUCUACUACAGGUUUAUAUAAUUUUUCAAAUAAUGUUUAAGAGAAUUUUUUAGAGAAUAAAGUUAUUUAAAAUUCAACUAUAGUUUGAAAAUUUGAAGAUUUACAAUUUAAAAAUCUUCUGACUUGUUUGGACACGUGAUCUUCCAUAACCGGGCAAAGAAUAUCUUUUUUCUUUAACUAACAAAAACUGCGUACUAUAGAUAAAUCACAAGAGAGCGUAGCUAACAUACACACCUUAAACGAAUUGUAUCAGAGACAAAGAGUUUCCGGUAGCAUGCGUUUAGGCAGAGUAUAGAAAGUCGCUUCCGUACGGUGCUCCUUUGGGCUCCUCUCCUCUUUGAGAUAUUGAAUUUUCUCAUAAAGGUGGUGAAGAGAGAUGAAGCGCAUGUUUUCAGAAGUAGAAAUGUGUCGGGACGUGGCUAUACCUGCCAAACAAUUGAAGAAGGGCCAUUCGCCACCACACCAACAGAUUCUAACGAGACUACUCCAAGAUCUGCUCCACGAGAAAGCAUGCAGGGAACACGGGUUCUAUCUCGCCAUCACCGCCUUAAAAAGCAUCGGUAACAUCAACAGCACCACAGACGAUGACAAUCCUCAAGCAGACGACGUCCUCACAUUCCCUGUCUCCUUCACAUGCCGCACAUUCUUGCCUGCACGAGGAAAUAUCAUGGUAGGGACCGUGAUGAAAGUAUUGUUUAACGGUCCUAACGGAGCUGCUCCAGCUGUUUUGAUAAGCUCUGGUCCACUCAGAUACGCAUACUUAUCAUACUUGAAAAUGCCGGAUUACCAUUUUGUCCCGCCAAACUCUGAGGAGGAGGAGGAGCCGUGCUUUCAGAAAGAUGAUCACACCAAGAUUGCUGUUGGAGUUGUUGUGCGGUUUGUGGUCUUGGGACGUCGGUUUAAGGUGAGUCCAGAGAAAAGAAGAACCGAUGUUUACGUUCUGGCCUCUGUGGAAGGUGAUGAUACACUUGGUCCCGUCUCUCUUACAGGCUGCGAUAGGCCUUAUAUGUGAUUGUUGCCAAUGUUGAACGCUUUUGGGUUUCCAAGUCUUCUUGUUAGUUGUUUAGUAUAGGUUAUUAGGUGAACGAACUCAUCACUCAUUAGUUAAUGUACACAAAAGUUUCUCUCUUUCUUUCAACCCGAAAUUCAUAUUGUAGUUCA